GGAAAUGGAAUAAAGGAAUAGAGCGAAUUUGUUUCCUUUUAUGCUUAUUGUGUUGUCAUACAAAAGUGAAAUAAGUUAGAUCAAAUAUUUAUAUCAUUUAAAACAAAUAUCAUUAUGGCCAACUGGAUUUUAACAAUAAAAAUAUUUGAAAGGGAUUUCAAACUGAAUUACCCACAGAUCGGUGACUGGGUGCUAGUAUGGCGACUCCCUGUGACAACGUAGAAAAUAUUGGUCGAACUCUCCGUGAGUCUUUAUACUCACUUGGGUUUGAAGUUUAUCCUUUCAAGAUCGGAUGGUACAACGAGGUUGUUUCUCAGGCCCAUCACCUUAAGUAUUCAGCGGAAACUCUGGCAGUGGUGAUCCUGAGCACCCCGUCCAUGUUCGAAAAGACGUUCUUGCCCUUCCUGCAGAGACGCUGUUGGGAAAACAUUAGAGAUCCUAUAGAUGAGUGUGUAGCUCACACCAUCUCCUCCUGUGUCUCUGAGCAUUUUUCAGAACAGCGUGUGGACAUUAGUUAUGACUACGAGAUGCUGCCUAGCAGAAAGCCAAAGUUCCUGGCUCAAACUGCUGCCCACGUGGCCGGGGCAGCACGCUACUACCGGCUGUCAGACAUCAAAGAUCCACCAUGGGGGAGCAAGAAGAUGUUUGGAGUGUGUAUACACCCACAGCUGGGUGGCUGGUUUGCCAUCCGGGCUCUGCUGGUGUGGACGGGUGUGGAAGCGGGUGAAGAACUGCAGCAGGUUGCGCCGCCUGACUGUGUUGGCUCACAGGAGGCCAGGAUAAACCUGCUGGAGAGCUUCAAUCUACGCUGGCAGGACUGGACCUACAGAGACAUCAUUCCCACAAAGGAGAGCUAUUCCCCGCGGCAGAGAGAGUACUUCCUUACGCCUCCAGCUCAGCGCGCGGCACUCCUCAAGAAGUGGGGCUUUGGACCUCGGGUAGAUGCCGAUAUGCAGAAGUUAACGAACAAACAAGGAUACUACAUGACAGAGGACCCUGCUGGUUCUGUACAUAAGUAAUGCUUGAUGUUUUAUUUUUGUUUAUUGAUGAUUGUCAAUUAAAUACAAAGGGGGUGCAAAUAGGAACUGCACAGGGACAAAUGAAUAUACAUUCUUAGUUGGCUCUAAGCCUGAAGGUUAACAGAACCAUUUUCUGAUAUCAGAAACGCACAAUUACAUUAUCUGUAACAUGUA